ACAAAAGAAAAGUAGCAGCCAUGUCUUAACAGCGGGGCUGCGGCGCGGAGUCUCGGCCUGAACAGCAGUGAUUUUCCUGUUAUAGAUGAAAAGCGGGUCGUUGAAGUUCGGAUCGGACCCGAUGGGCUUUCCGCCCGACAUCCGCUGGUCAGUGUGAGGCGAUCGGAGCGAGCUGGCCGGCUUGCUGAGGCUCUCAGAGCGGGAGAGGGAGAGGCCGGGCAGGCAGAGGAGGAGAAGGAGGAGGUGGAGGAGGAGAAGAAGGGAGGGAGGAGUGCGGGUUUUGUGUUGGGCGCUAACACACACACAGACAGACAGACAACAGAAAAGGGGCUCGCUUUAAAACCCCCGAACCUGUUGAUUAACCAGGCUAAAGGAAGAACCGGCGGCACCGAGAUCUGCAGAGCCGGACACCAGAAGAGGAGUUCGGGCUAGCGGGGACUUGCGCGGGUCUGGACAGGGUUUGUGGGGCCGGGAGCGGCGAGUCGGUCAGUGGGGCGGAGGAGCGAAGCAGAGCAGAGCGGAGCCGGGGGGGUGAUAGAUAGCUAGUAGCUUAGCAUAGUUUAGCCUAACCUAACUGCUAACGAUAUUUUUCCCAUGUAACUAGCUAGGUUUGAUAAGCUAUCACAGCAAAAUGGCAGCAACACUAUCACUGACAGUAUUUAUUUAACUAACUAGUUAGCAUUUUGGCGAGCUUGUUAACAGCUAGAGUUGUUGGUUAGCUAAUUUGAAGUUAGCCAAGAUAGUUUUUAGCUGUAUUAUUUAGCUAGUUAGCUUACUAGCUAGCUACAAUUAGCUAGCUGCCAUGAGUCUUUUCUAUGGAGUUUGGGCGUUUAGUGUUUAGCUAACUAGCUAGCUAGCUAGGUUAGCCAGCCGGCCUUAGCUAAUGCUAGUUAGCUAACCUAAGCUAGCCAAGUCAUUGCAAAACAUAUAUAAAACCGCUAACUCAGAAGGAAAAUACGAUUUUAACUGAUUAAUCCAAUAAAAAAUAAAAAUUUAUUCCAGCUACCCGUCAAAAGUGUCUGUCUGCUUGAUGUUGGGGAGCAGUUAGCCAGCCAGCUAGCCUAGCUAAAAGUUCGCCUGCUAGCCACCCAGCCAGCCAUAGGUUGGGCUUAGUGUUUGGCUAAGCUAAUCUAACGCCCGAUCCCAAAUGAAGGAGUAUAAGGUGGUGGUGUUGGGCAGCGGCGGCGUCGGCAAGUCCGCGCUGACCGUGCAGUUUGUCACCGGGACAUUCAUAGAGAAAUAUGACCCAACGAUCGAGGACUUUUAUCGGAAGGAGAUCGAGGUGGACUCGUCUCCGUCAGUGCUGGAGAUCCUGGAUACCGCCGGGACCGAGCAGUUCGCCUCCAUGCGAGAUCUGUACAUCAAGAACGGCCAAGGCUUCAUCCUGGUUUACAGCCUCGUCAAUCAGCAGUCGUUUCAGGACAUCAGACCAAUGCGAGACCAGAUAGUCCGAGUGAAGCGCUUCGAGAAGGUCCCCCUGAUUUUGGUGGGCAAUAAGGUGGACCUGGAAUCAGAAAGGGAGGUUGCGGGAUCUGACGGCCGAGCCCUUGCACAAGAGUGGGGUUGCCCCUUCAUUGAGACCUCGGCCAAGAGUAAGACCAUGGUGGACGAGCUCUUCGCAGAGAUUGUGAGGCAGAUGAACUAUGCCACUUUGCCCGAGAAGCAGGAGCAGUGCUGCACGGCCUGUGUGGUGCAGUGAGGGCCCUGGCCUUACCACAGUCUCCCCAGCCACACCACCUGGCAGGAUGCCCUGUUGAACCAGUGUCUGCUUCAGUGAUGUUUUGACCCCAUGAGCCACACCAGUGCUACUGAGCCCCUCCUGAACUCUGAGACUGAUGAGGUCCUCUGACAAAGCUUGGAUUUGCUGCAACUAAAGCAGGGACUUUGGAAUCUCUGACUUUUCUCUGUGUCUGUAUUGUAGAGCACAUAUAUAAUAGUACAGUAUAUCUACAGUAUACUGGGCUUUUUGGGAAACACAUGACGAGCAUCAGUGGGAGGGCAGAGGACUUUGGAAACGGGGACGUCUGUGACAGGGCUAUUAAUAUCUAUUUUCUUAGAGGGGGAAAUGGGUUCUAUAUGAGCAGGACUUCUCAAGGCUGUAAAACCACUGAAGGUGCUCAGUUGUAUCCCCAGGUUUUCUUUUUAACAUUUUAAGUUUGAUAUCUAAUUUUAAAGUGAUAAUAGCCAUUAUACAGGUUUGAGACCUGGAACAUCUAACUUGUUCUUUGUUUUCUUUGUUUUGUUUUUUUUUGUUUUUUUUUUAAAAACUACAGUAUGUAUGCUUUUUCUCAUAAUAGUCUAUUUAUUAAAAUCUUUAAUUACAAAGAUGGAUACAUAUUGCAUUUUAUGUUCUAUUGGCUGUUUUUGCUUUUUGUGACAACGGUAUACAUUGUUUCUGAAAUGGAGCAUUAAUGACGCCUUAAGUAAUUA